CUCUGGUGUCUGAAAAAUAUGAACUACCAGUUUUGGAAACUGAAGCUUGAGUUUGUGUGCUUGGAGUUUUUUUCCCUAGUUUUAUUUUUGAUCAAAUUAUGUUUUAUUUAAGUUUUUUUAUACAUAAGACAAAUAAUCCUUGUAGUCUGAUUGAUCUUUGUAGAAAAUAUACAGGAAUCUGACAGUCAGUGUAGGAGAUUUGCUCUGUAAUUUAUGGGAACUGUUAUUUUCCUCCACAUUUGUCUAUAUAAAGCUUAUAUAUGUGAUGCAGGUUGAUGCUGUGUAACAUGAUUAAAUACUGUUUACAGACAAAGUUAUGUUCACUGACUUGACACUAGAUGGCACUACACAGUUAGUUUCUGCUCCAUUGAAAACUUAUCACUCACUGUUGAAUAACAGCACUGUGCAAAGUACAUACCUUGUACUCUGUUGUACUAAAGUCCUCAUGAGCUGCAGUACAUACCUUAUUUUACAGAUAAGCUGUUUAUGCGGAGCUCAGAAAGCAGAGGACAUGACAUGUAAUGGUUUGUCAGCUUGCUGAAGGACAGAACUUAACCAUACAGUAGAAGUUGGAUCAUCUUUUCUGUUCUAGUGGAUUUUGGUCUGUAUUUGUGGAAGUCAGCAUGAAGGUAGCGCCUUUGUUUACUUUAGCUCUACUACUAAUACAACUGUCCAGAUCAUUUGGAGGAAAAAUCCUGGUGUUCCCAUUGGAUGGAAGCCACUGGGUAAACAUGAAAAUACUCAUAGAAGAGCUACACACCAAAGGUCAUGAAAUCAGUGUGAUUCGCCCCUCAGACAGUUGGUACAUCAGUGAGGAGUCUCCUUUCUACACCUCUGUCAACCUUCCAGUUGCUAGUGGAUUUGAAGAAGCUUUUGGAGUCUUUCUCUCUGAGUUACUUGAUAUGCGCCUUGAGGCUAAACCUUCAUCAUUUUGGUUGUUCAUCUGGUCUCACUUUAAGAUGCAGCAAGUGUUGAUGGAACAUUUCGGUCUCUACCAUAAGAAAUUAGCUGAACUUACUGUUCAUAUGUUAGAGGAUAAAAAACUGAUGCAGACUCUCCAUGAAGCCAAAUUUGAUGUGGUUUUAACCGACCCUGGUGUCGGUGUUGGAACAUUCCUCGGACAUCGGCUCCAAGUUCCUCUGGUUUACAAUGUCAGAUGGACCAUUCAAGGAGAAGCUCACUUCCUUAUUGCCCCCUCACCUUUGGCAUACAUACCCUUUUCUGCAACACAGUUGACAGAUAAAAUGACCUUCCCUCAAAGAAUCAUGAAUGUUUUGCUUUACAUAAUUGGGAUGCGCUCAAUGUCAUACUUUACAGAACCCCAUUAUAAACCAAUAAUUAAAAAGUACUUUGGUCCCGAUGUCGAUUACUUAACAUUUUUCCUGGAUGCUGAUAUAUGGCUUAUGAGGAAUGAUUUUAUCUUUGAAUUCCCACGACCUACGAUGCCAAAUAUAAUCUACAUGAGUGGAUUCCAGUGCAAACCGUCUAAGCCACUCCCUGCAGACCUGGAGGAGUUUGUUCAGAGCUCUGGAGAUCAUGGGAUCAUAGUGAUGACUUUAGGAACUAUGGUUGCGAAGCUUCCACAACAUGUUACUGAGGAGAUUGCUGAGGCUUUUGCCCAACUGCCUCAGAAGGUCAUAUGGAGGUAUGCAGGACAAAGGCCUGCCAACUUGGGCAAUAACACACUGCUGGUUGAAUGGCUGCCACAGAAUGACCUCUUAGGACAUCCCAAAACUAAAGUGUUUGUUGCUCAUGGAGGCACCAAUGGGGUUCAGGAAGCGAUUUACCACGGAGUGCCAAUUGUUGGACUUCCCUUAUUCUUUGACCAACCUGACAACCUUUCCAGAAUCAGAGCAAAGGGAGGAGCUGUGAUUGUGGACAUUGCCGAGCUCAAUAGAGACUUGUUUGCAGAUGCAUUGAAAACAGUUCUUAACAAUCCCUCUUACAGGGAAAACAUGCAGAGGUUGUCAAGGCUGCACAGAGAUCAACCCAUAAAACCACUGGACCAAGCAGUAUUCUGGAUAGAGUACGUCAUAAGACAUAAAGGAGCUGCUCAUCUGAAGGCACAGUCCUACAAAAUGUCCUGGUUUGUGUAUUAUUCUAUCGAUGUUGUCGCAGCUUUGUUGGCAACUGCUUUGCUUUUGAUGUUCACCUUUAUUUUAGUUGUCAAAUUACUGUGGAGAAUGAUCUUUGGGAAGAAAAUUAAACAUGAAUAGUCCCUUUUCCACAGGAUUCCCAUGAAUUUUUAUUACUGGAACCUUUUUUUUUACCUGGGUAAAAGAUGUGAAUGUAA